GCCACUCUUGUUAUCUUUAAUUCACUCACAAAGAUACCAUUUUCUGUACUGGAAAUAGAAUUAAAUAGUUGGGAAAUAUUGAAUUCGAAUUUUGUUGACUCUAUUGUGACUCUAGCAGAUUUACCAUCAACCCUCUAUUUAAUCUGGCUAGGCAGAGUUCAUUGAAGGGAAAGCAACAAUGGUUCUGCUAGAUCAACUCUGGGACGACGUCGUUGCCGGGCCUCAGCCCGACCGCGGCCUGGAACACCUCAAGAAAACCUUCACCAAGCCCUUGAUCAUCAAAGAUGUCGGAGGAGAGGGUAGUAGCAAGUACCAGAGGUCUAUAUCGAUGCCGGCCAGUCCUGGGUCACCGGCAACGCCUGUGACACCUACUACUCCGUCGCCAACGGCGGCGCGUAAAGAAAAUGUAUGGAGGAGCGUGUUUCAUCCUGGUAGCAACCUCGCUACGAGGAGUAUUGGGGCUGAUUACUUUGACAGACCCCAGCCUAACUCUCCCACUGUUUAUGACUGGUACGCUCUACAGUGGGGAGACUAGGAGCAAACACCGUUGAGAUGUUGACGAGAGAGAUGGGUGUUCUGUAAAUAGUGUCUUUACUUGCUCAGGCUUGAUAGCAACUUCCAUGGUUUUAUGCUAAUUAAUUACUGGGUUUUUUAAUUAUCUGUCUUUGAAUAUGAUCAUCAUCUUGUAAAUAUUAUGCUAAAAGAGCACUGUUGUCGGCUCCAAGAUCUGGUGUGAAAUGGAUCGGCUGCUAUGAAAUAAGUGGAUUGAAUUUUCUUUAAUUUACUAGCAGUGUUGUGAUUCUCUGUUAUGAUUCUUCUUUUAUUGUUAAAUAAACUGGAUUCUACGACA